AUGGCGGAGGAAUUGAGCAAGAACUUUGAGACUCUUCAGCUCCACGCGGGCCAAGCACCUGAUCCCGCGACAAACUCAAGAGCUGUACCAAUCUAUGCCACGACGAGUUAUACCUUCAAUGACUCUGCUCACGGGGCGAGGCUGUUUGGCCUCAAGGAGUUCGGCAACAUUUACAGCCGUAUCAUGAACCCUACCGUUGAUGUGUUUGAGAAGAGGAUCGCAGCUCUAGAAGGGGGUGUGGCAGCCGUCGCAACUGCAUCUGGUCAGGCAGCUCAGUUCAUGGCCUUGACGGCCCUGGCGCACAGCGGCGACAACAUUGUUUCUACCACAAACCUGUACGGCGGCACAUACAACCAGCUGAAGGUGCUCCUCCCGCGUUUCGGUAUUACGACAAAGUUCAUCGAUGGGGACAAGGCUGAGGACUUCGCCGCGGCUAUCGACGACAAGACCAAGGCAGUCUACAUUGAAAGCAUUGGCAAUCCUAGAUACAACGUCCCCGAUUUCGAGGCCAUUGCAAAAGCUGCGCAUGAAAAGGGCGUCCCCGUAAUCGUUGACAACACCUUUGGAGCAGGUGGCUACUUUGUCCGGCCGAUCGAGCACGGAGCUGACAUUGUCGUCCACUCGGCGACCAAGUGGAUCGGAGGUCACGGAACCACAAUCGGUGGUGUGAUCGUCGAUGCCGGUAAAUUCGACUGGGGCAAGCACGGUGCCAGAUUCCCGCAGAUGGUCGAGCCGUCGGAGGGAUACCACGGCCUCAAGUUCUGGGAGACCUUCGGUCCCAUCACCUUCAUCAUCCGCGUCCGAGUCGAGAUCCUGCGUGACCUCGGUGCCUGUCUGAACCCCUUUGCAGCACAGCAACUACUACUGGGCAUUGAGACGCUUAGCUUGCGGGCAGAGCGCCACGCCCAAAACGCUCUUGCUCUCGCAAAAUACCUCGAGAAAAGCCCAUAUGUGAGCUGGGUGUCAUACCCCGGCCUCGAGAACCACCAGAGUCACGAGCUGGCCAAGAAGUACCUGAAGCGCGGCUUCGGCGGUGUGCUCAGCUUUGGCGUCAAGGGAGGUGGUGCGGCCGGAAGCCAGGUCGUUGACGGGUUCAAGCUGAUCUCCAACCUGGCCAACGUCGGCGACUCAAAGACGCUGGCCAUCCACCCCUGGACCACGACCCACGAGCAGCUGUCAGACUCGGAGAAGAUCAGCUCGGGCGUGACAGAGGACCUCAUCCGGAUCUCGGUUGGAACGGAGCACAUUGACGAUAUCAUUGCCGACUUUGAGCAGUCGUUCAAGGCUGCUGCCGCCACGACCAAGGACGGCGCCGAGGGCGAGGCUCCCGGGGGCAAGAAGGACGAUGCACCCGUAGUCGUUUGA